AUGGGAAGUCGAACUAGAUCCUCCGGCGCGUCUCCCGCAAAACCCGCAACCCUUUCUGACCUCAAUAAGCGCACGCACGAACACGCAAUGGGUCUUGAGUACCCCGAACAGCUUCUCACUCCCGAGAAUAGUCGCUCCGAAACGUCGAGCAACAACGAAAACGCGUCGAACGAGGAGAAACCGACUCUACGGCGGAGAUCUACACGUGUAGCACGCGCCUCUUUGCGAGGGGUAGCACAACUUGACGGCGAUCUAGAGAGAGAGUCUCAUAAGAUUCCAUCACCAGCACCAGAAAAUGACCAUGUGGUCAUGGACGUAGCCCCGGUCAACAAUGUUGCGGAAGUGAAAAGGUCCCAGUCCUCCCACCUCCGUCACAGCAUUGCGGUCAUGGAAUCACCCAUGUGGAGCGAAACGACUCUUGCACAAGAUAAUAUGGACAUCAAUGAGAAUCCAAUGGCCCCUGGCACACCCAUUUCCAAAUCCUCUCAGGAGCUGCACCCGGGUGACAUGAGCACGUCCCUACAACAGCGGACUUUGCGAAAACGCGUUGAGCGGGUUUUGACUCAGGAAAAAUUUUCGGCCAGUGCGAAAGCCACACAACCCGCUGAAACGAAAACCCAAGAGCCCCCGAGACGCUCGUCACGUUUGAGUCUCUUGGAGAAAGCAACGGAUUUUGUUGACCGAGCCUCCAGCGUCCUAGGGAAACGCUCACGAGAUAUAACGGAAAAAGGUAAAGAUCUUGGCCGUCGCGCGAGUCUACGACCUAGGCAUGUUGCUGCUCCAAAGGAAGAGCAUGUCUCUUCAACUGCCAAUGAGCCUCAUGUGGCGAAGAAGCGGCGUGUCUCGGAAAGUGACUUGCUGUCAAAGGUUAAAGAAAACGAGGAGACCGCGCAAGAUACUCCUGUCACUACCAUUGUUAAACACAGAGCCAAGCGCUGGCUGGCCCACGGAUUGUACACAGGGCAAGAACCUACAGAAUCUCGCCCUUUGCAGAGUAGGAGCAGAAGUGCAAAAAGGAAGAGCCAAAGUGCUCCCCAGCGGAGACUACUACCACUGCCUAUGUUUGCCGGCGAUAGACUUUUGAAGCAAGGGCGGGACUUCCAGCUGCCUUUUGAUGUGUUUUCGCCUCUUCCUUCUGGUCAACCCAAACCCAAUGAGUGGAGAAAAACCAACAAAAAUGUCUUCGUAGGAGAAGCUUCCAGUUUCUGGAGAGCAAACAAGGACUCUGAGCUAUCCAAAUGUACUUGCACGUACGAUACCGGCUGUGAUGACAACUGUCAAAAUCGCUACAUGUUUUACGAAUGUGAUGAUGGUAACUGCGGGUUGGGCCCAGAGUGUGGCAAUCGAAGUUUUGAAGAGCUCAAACACAGAACCAGGGCUGGAGGAAAGUACAACAUCGGCGUCGAGGUUAUCAAAACGGCAGAUCGUGGAUAUGGCGUUCGCAGCAACCGUACCUUUGAGCCGGACCAGAUUAUCGUGGAAUACACAGGAGAGAUCAUAACUCAAACUGAGUGUGAGAAGCGGAUGAGGACUAUCUAUAAGAAUAACGAAUGCUAUUACCUGAUGUACUUCGACCAGAAUAUGAUCAUUGAUGCAACUCGGGGCUCAAUCGCCCGGUUCGUGAAUCAUUCUUGCCAUCCUAAUUGCCGAAUGGAAAAAUGGACUGUCGCAGGAAAGCCGCGCAUGGCGCUCUUUGCUGGCGACCGUGGGAUCAUGACUGGAGAGGAGCUAACCUACGAUUAUAAUUUUGACCCAUACUCCCAGAAGAACGUCCAGCAAUGUCGUUGCGGCUCAGCAAAUUGUCGUGGUAUUUUGGGCCCGCGGCCCAAAGAAAAAGAACAGCGUUCGAAAGAAAGAGAGGCAAAGGCCGAAGCCCAGAAAAAGUCAAGCAAGCCCAAUAAGAACCGCACCAAGCGCAGAAUUGGCAAUGCGCUGGGGGGUUCUCUCACUAAAAGACGCAAGCUCUUGGGCUCACAGUCCAUCAAGGCUGGUGUCAAAAAUGCUGUUUCGAGAGUGCGCGGUUCUUCUAAAUCCACCACAGCCCGAAACGCUUCGAAAGUGAAGGCAGCAACAGCCAAGGAUGCCACAAAGGCAUCCCCAAAAAAGCGCCCGGCAAAGAAAGAAAACAGUUCAAGGUCCAAGAAGAAUGUCAAGCUGCCCAAGGUCAGGACAACAGCCAAAUCCAAGAUCACAGCUCGUGUCGCAAAGACGUCACAGACGACGAAAACGCCGACCAAGGCAAAGGCUUCUCAAUCACCGUCUAAACUGAGUCGUCCAUCUGAUGCAACUAAAGCUAAGAUUCUAGCCGCAGCCAAAGGCACAAAUGCAAAGAAACGUGUGGUUAAGAAAGUUGGUGACGUUAAAGGAGCCCGUACCCCAGUUAAGAAAGGGUCAUACAAGGAGACUGUGAAAACCAAAACCUCAAGCCCACAAGCGAAAACAACCACUCCUAAGAAAGUAGCGGGUUCUGUUAAGAGUGGUAAGAGGUAA